AUGCCGACUCAGCAACCGCAGCAGGGAUCACCGCCAUUGACUCCGACCUUCACUCCCGCCAUGCGUGAUCUGCAGGCCCGGGGGAAGAACCCUUUCCAAGGCCAUCCUGGGCACGAGGACCACCACUCUGUAAUGCACCUUGGGCUUGGCCAGUGCCUUCCCAAGGAUACGUACGAGGCCAGAGAACGUAGGAGCUAUGCCAUGUCGGUGCUGGACCACCCGGAGAAGCUGAUGAUGUACGCGCAGAGCGAAAAUGAUUCUAUUUCCAGCCAGCGGCUGCGCUUCAUGCAGAUGGCCUGCGGCCUGGGCCCCGAGAGGAUGAACCCGGAUUUCACCAUGGGCCCGGAGAACGGCUCGAAGAGCAACCCGUCCACCCCGCUGAAGGGUCCGGUGCUGGGACAGCGGAUCGUGAGUGGUACUGGCGGUUUCACUAUCGGGGGACCCUCGAGCGGAUGA